CUUUCAUCAUGAUCCGUGCAGUUUUUUUCCCUAGCUUUGCGGCGUUUUGCUGGUUACAACAUGGCUGGCCGAGCAAUCAGGCAAGGCUGGCUUGCGAACGGGCUUUUCACAUCAUGGGCGGAAGAGCUCUCAGCGCUUGUGACGGGGAAUGCUCCUAAGGCACAGCAGAAGAAGAUCUCGAAGCGCACCAAGCGACACAUAGAUGAGGUCACUGAGAUCAUAGCAUCCUUUUGCCAGGAGUUCCACCCGGCUCGGGUGGAGCCUACUGUGGAGGAGAUGGCAGCACUUUGGGAGAGGUGCUAUGGCUUUAAGUCCGCGCAUCUUUCGGCCGCCCUUGUUGAGCAGCUGAGCUUGCAGAAUGGUGUCGAGUGGCAGCCACGCCUACGGGCCCUGUGCCUUUUAGGGCAGUGCUUUGAUGAAAACAGCAAGGCCCCACGUUUGGUGGCGAUAAAGGUUCAUGACAAGGCCGAGGAGGUCAUCAAAUAUCUGGCAAAUCAAGUGUCUCAGUGUGCUGAGAAAGCGCGGCAGGUUUUGGAGCUUUGCGCUUCACCACCACCUUUGGUACUUCCGGUGCCCCCCUUCCCUGGCAAGGCCUUGAAGGCCGUGGAAGAGGAGACGGGCCAGACGGGCCAGACAGGCACCUUGUCACCUGCUUCGAUGCAGCCAGGUUUGAGACGAACCACUGGCCUGGUGAGUGUACGAGGGCCACGAAGGGCCAGGAACCCGGAACAACAGGCACUUCUGAGUGAUGUCGGCGAGCCAGAACCCCUUGAAGAGCGAGAAGUGCUGAUGAAAGAGUUGGAGACAGAGACCACUGCCAGCAGUGGUGAUGAUGAUUUUAAGAAGCUGCAGCUUCAGGACAAGCCUUUUGACCCAAAUGCGCCGCAGCAAGAGAGAACUCUGACCGCCAGCUUCGAGGGCACUGGCGGCCUGAAGGAAGGAGGAAAUGCACCGCCACUGUGAGGCCUGGCUUCCUGUGACUUGCUCAGUGGCGAAUUUGAUCAGGCCACCGCAGAUCCAGUUGCAUGAAAAUAAUUCAAGAUUGGAGUCAGGUGACCAACCUGCAACCUUGCGACCUAGUUCAGGAGACGCGGCACAAGAGCCCCGCGUCCAAAAAUCACCUUCCACUUGAUUGUAUUUCAGGUUUCGUGCC